AUGGAGUACUUUAAAUUAGUAACAAACUUAUUAAAGAUGUUUUCAUUUGGACUUCUAACGUAUAAUCACAAAAUCAAAUUAAAAUCAGACAGCAACAUCUGUAUUGAGGGUAAGAGUGGAGAAAUACGGCCUCCAUCCGUGACUAUUAGUUCAACCGAUCUAAUUGUAUAUAAAUCUAGUCCUUCGUUUUUCUUGGAAGGUUCUGUAUAUUCAUGCAACAGUCCACCAUUUGAUGUUUAUUAUAAAAUAUCAAAACCAACUGAUGAAUCGGAGUACAAGUUACUUAAACAUUUUGAACGUCGGACCGAUAAUAUUUAUCAGUUUAAAAAAAGUAUUUUGCUACAAGAUUUUGAAUUAGGAGAAUAUACUAUUACAGUAAAAGCUGAAAUUGUAAUGAGCAUUUACGAUUCAACAUCAUUAACAUAUGCUGAAGAUGUAUCGUUUAUUACAUUCACACUAGAUAAUCAAGAGUUCACAUAUAAUGAUGGGAAAAGUUUUUUGAUUGUAGGGAGAUUGAGUGACAGGGAUGGAUACGGAACUUAUACUAUUUACUACCAAAUAGAUGAGUAUAAUCCUGUUCAGAUGAAUCCCUAUAUACUAUCUUCAGCAUAUCCAAUAACUAUAAGUGAAGCUAUUAAUUUCACAUCAGAACUUCCAGAGAGUGAUAGUCAUUCGAUUAAAAUUUGGGCAUCCGAUGAAAGUAACCAAAAUACGUCAAUAAAAACACUCAAUUUCUCAUUCAAAUACAAUUAUCCAGUCAUAACAUAUUCAACAAUACCAAAUCUUAUAUAUACACAUAAUGUCGAUACUCAAAUUUUAAUAGUAGGACAAAUUUCAGACAAAGAUGGUAAUGAGGUUAUUGAUACAUUCUACCAAUUUGACAGCCUAACUAAAAAUAAAUUAGAAUCAAUCGAAUUAUCAAACCCAUCCACCAAGCACAGAUUUGAAUAUUUUAUAGGCAUUCCAACACGUCUAACAGAAGGUGUGCAUACAUUAUACCUUUGGUGUUCAGAUAAAAAAUCAAAAGAAACUGAACAUAAAGCCUUCAGAUUUAUAUUCAAUUAUAACAAUCCAGUACUUACAAUUAAUACACCGAGCAAUCUACAAUUCAGGAAGAAUGAUGGUGAAAAACUUUCAAUUGUUGGAAGUUUCAGUGAUGCAGAUGCACAGGGAACAAUAACAAUUAAAUACUACUUUGAUUCACAAAAGCAAGAAGAACAAACAUUACUCGAACAAACUAUCAAUCAAAAUCUUGAAAGUCCUUUUGAAAAAAGUAUCGAAAUCCCAUCUACAUUAUCAGAAGGACCUCAUAGUGUAGUUAUCUAUGCAAUUGAUACCAGAUCAAAAAGAUCCGAAAACAAUGUUAUUCCAUUUUCAUAUACUUACAAUCCUCCUGUUUUAUCUAUUAAUUCAGACUCAAAAACUAUCAGCCGAGAUUUUUUUUCGACGCCUCAAAUACAUGUCUCAGGUUCAAUCAGCAAUCCGGAUUUAAUGGGAAUUGUUGAAGUAUAUUAUCAACUUGAUGAAGAUGCUCUAAAAGUACUUCGUAGCUAUAAUAUUGUUGAUCUUGAUGGCGAGAAUAUUCGUAAAACUAUCGAUUUAUCCGGAAAUCUUCCAGAAGGUAUGCAUACAAUGAUUUUUUAUGGAAUAGACUCAAGCGGUAAAAGAUCUAACACUUGUAAUCUAAUAUUCACAUUCGUUUUAAUAUCUCCCAAGCUCUCUAUAACUACUCAAAAUGAUUUGGUAUUGAGAAAAAAUGUUGAUACUUAUAUACCAAUUAGUGGGCGAGUCGAUGAUUACUCUGGGAAGGUAACUAUCAAAUACAUUUUGGAGUCUCAGGAGCAAAAUUUAACAACAAAAAGUGUAAACUUAUUUAAGCCAUCUUUUUCUGAAAAUAUCGCAAUACCAGAUAAUUUGACAGAAGGCAAGCAUUUUAUUGUUUUCUAUGCUGUUAGUCAGGAAGGGAAAAUAUCAAAUUUCCAAACAUAUGGAUUCACAUUUUCAAAUAAUGCUCCAGUUUUCGAAAUUACGUCGAGUAAUGAAUGGCAGCUUAACAGAAAUGAAAAUAUCAUUCCUAUUAUAGGAACUAUUCAAGAUCAAGAUGGAAGUGGCUCGGUUUCUAUAAAGUAUAAUAUCGAUUCUCGAGGAGAAAAUACUUUAUCAACUUAUGAAAUUUCUAAUAUAUAUUCAUAUGAUGUCAAUGAAAUUAUUCCUAUUCCUGAUGGAUUACUAGGAAAUAAUCAUAAUAUUAUUCUCUAUGCAAUUGAUGAAAGUGGAAAGAAAUCAAACAACAUACGCAUUGAUUUCAAUUAUAUAUCUACUUCCCCUGUAAUAAAAAUAACAACUGUGGAUGGUCAGCAAUUCAAGAAGAAUGAUGGAAAACAACUCAUCAUUUCAGGAACAAUCAAAGAUCCAGAUGCAACUGGCCAAGUAACAGUUUUUUACAGACUUGAUUCUCAUUCAGAUUUUCCAAUAAAGACUUAUGAUAUCGAGAGCCGAGGUGAAUAUGAAAUCAACUAUACUGUACCAUUCCCAAAUGAUCUGACUGAAGGCAAUCAUCAAAUAACUGUUUAUGCUAUUGAUUCAGAUGUUAAGAUUUCCAACGAACAUAUCAUCAAAUUUUCAUAUCAAUUUAGUGGUCCUUCAAUAUCAAUCACGGAGAAUCCGAAAAAUGCCUAUCAUAACAAAAUCGAUCAAUCUAUUCAUGUUGAAGGGUUUAUUAAUAGCGACAAUGGUGCAACAAGUUUCACAUUCAAGUACUGUUUCGACAACUCAAACAAUGCAGGGACCGAUGUUGAUAGAAAAUCAUUUAACCCGAAUGACAAUGGAUUCUCGCUCGACAUAGAAAUUGAUAGUAUGGUUGAAGGAAAUCACACAAUAUUCAUCUGGGUCGUUGAUAACUUCAACAAAGAAUCACCAAAAUAUGACAAAAAAUUCGAAUUCUUGUUCAACAAGCCAUCAAUCUCUAUAUCUACUCCAUAUGAUGAAUACUAUCGAACGACAAAUAAAAGUAUUCACAUGAAAGGACGUGUUUCUGACUCUGAUUGCUCAGGAAUUAUGUAUUUGAUGUUCAAGUUUAACGAUCUUGAACAAAAUAACAUGACAAUUGUUGAAAUUAGUAAUUGUGAUUCUACUGAAUUCGAAAAAGAUGUUGUUAUUCCUACAAACCUUGAUGAACGUUUACAUAUAUUAUAUGUUUGGUGUGUUGAUGAAACAAACAAGCAAUCAGAUAUAUGCGAAUAUCGAUUUUACUACAAAUACAACUCACCAGAACUCAUCAUUACAGUAUUCGAUCAGAAACCAUACAAACGCAACAUUGACAAGACUAUUCAUAUUGAAGGGACUGUAUCUGAUAAAGAUGGACUCGGUAGUGUCACUAUUGGUUGUAACAUUGAUAAUAUUGAAUCAGAUACUAAAACAAUUGUUAUUGAAAACACAAAUCCAUAUCCAUUUACAUUUGAUCUUGCAAUUCCAUCUCAUUUUUCAGAAGGUUAUCACAAGAUUAUUAUCUUUGCAAGAGAUGAAUCAAACAAGCCAUCAUUUAAUGUUUCUAAGAAUAUUGAGUAUAUUUACAAUCAUCCAAGUAUAACAUUAGAUUCAAAGGAUAAUCAAGUAGUUUAUGGAAAUGUUGAUAAUAAGUACCCUAUAAAAGGUAGUGUUCGUCAUGAUGAUGGUACAGGAACGGUCAAGAUAAAAUAUAACAUCGAUCAAGAUGGUGAAAAUUAUCUUACAGAUGUAUCAAUACGAAACGCAGAAGAAAAUACAUUUGAUGAAUAUAUCGAAUUAGACAAAGAUUUACGUGAAGGAAGACACUCAAUUGUGAUUUAUGGAACAGAUGGUAACAAUAAGGAUUCCAACUAUAACACUCUUCAUUUUACAUUUUUGAUAAAUAACAAAGCCAAACGAAUGAGUUGCAUCCACAUGCAAUAUUCAACGUUUUCACUCUUAAGAACUUUAAUUACUAAUGGAUUUCUGUUAAAUCGUAGAGUAUAA